AACAAGUUCCGUUUCAGAACAUGAAUUAAAAAAUGAAAUUCAUUAAUAUGUCGGAGCCUUAAACACUAGCAGUGGUAACUAUGUUUUAAACAAUUGAAGAUCGGGGUAAAAUUGCGUCGCAAUCAAUCAGAUCAUUUGGCCAUUCCUUUUCAACUUGUGCGGUUGUAAAAAUGAAUAAGCAAAAGCGUCAUGCUAAACGAAAGCGUAAUGAAAAACGAAAGCAAAAUAAUAAGAAAAAGGAAGAAAUUAAGCAAGUUGCUCCAGUACUAGAGUCGGUGGCUUGUUCCUCCAAAGAUGAUUCCAAAGAAAGAUUAAAGAAAUUAACGGUUGAAGCACUCGAAAAAGAAAACGAGUUGCUUAUCAAUAAAUUGACCACUGUUUACAAGAACUCCUCUUUAGAUUUCAAGAAGGUGAUUUCUAACAUGGUUGGAAGAGGUGUCAGAGAAGUAUGGGACGAUAUCAGAAAGGUUUAUGAUGUGGCUCACGAAAAUGUUACUGCUCUAAGGACCUAUAAAGAUCUAAGAUGUGAACUGGAAGGUUUGUACAACACCGCAUUGGAAGUUAAGAAUAAACAAGCGGCUGAAAUUCAAGCAGAUAUUAAUGAAACUCGAAAUAAUUGCGACUUAAAAUUACUUAAAAUAAAUGAGGAGAUAAAGAUAUCUGAAGAGAAUAUAACUGUGUACAACGAAUGUGAUCGUGUAACAAGAGCAACUACGACAAUUGAGGAAGUCAAUGAGAAACUCCGACAGACGAACGCGGAAUAUACAACUAAAGUUAAAGAACUUGCAAAAAAAAUUUCUAUAUAUAAAAAUAUCAGUGAAAUAAAGAAUUUUAGAAAAGAGAUUGCUCUAGAACAAGAGCGAGCCUCGGAACUUAUACGCACUGUAGCUAAAGUAAGAGCCGAAGCGAUCGAAACUAGAAAAGAACUAAAUGAAACUAAACAGAAGAAUAUUAAAAUGGGUCAAGAAAUUGUAGAGGUAAAGAACGAAAUGAAUAAAUUAGAUAAAUAUUUGAACACGCAAAAGAAAUUGAAAGUACCAUACCAUGUAAAGGCCAAGCCUAUAUCCCAUAUGGAUGACUGUUUAUCGAAUCCGGAUCUGACCGAACUACAAAAGCAACAUGAUUCAUUGGUAGCAAAAGUCGAAAAAGCUAAAGAAGAGAUUAGGCAGAGUAAAUUGGAAAUGAGUAAAGUUUCUCAGAUGUUCGCCGCAGAGAAAGAAAAUAUUGGGACUUCCAAAGAAGAAAAUAUUAAAGUAUUCUCUAAAAUUAUGAAACAAAAGAAGACUAUUUCUGAUCAACAGGCUAAAUUAAAUGAAUUGAAAAUCACACUUACAGAUAGUAAUACAGCAAAACAAAAAAUUAAAAAUAAACUACAGGCCGAAUUGCGAGUCGCAACAAAAAAGUAUAACGAUAUGUACCAGUUAAAGCUUAAAGAAUAUGAAGCAAUUGAAGCACGUAAUAAAAAAAUUCAAGAGGAAUUGACUAAAAAGGAAGAAGAAAUGUUAAAAUUUUCCCUUGAAUUGGAGGAGUUAAACAAGUUUAAUGCUAAAACCGAAAAGAAUGAGAAGAAGAUAAAGAAGGAAAUUAAAAGACUUGAGAAGAUGUAUGUUCAGGAGAAAAAUAUAGAUAAAGGCAUUUAAUACUAAUUGAAAAUGAAUGGCGAUUAUUAGUUUUUAAAUGGUUGCACCUCUGUUUUUAAAGGAUUUGCAUAAAAUAUAACGUAUAACAUGAUGUAAAGACCUUAAAGACACCUUAUUUUGUUUUCUCUUAAUAACAUUUUAUUUUGCUUCCAGUAAAUCAAAAGUUGAUAGUUUCUGAGACACAGUUGUCGCGGUAUUAACUUUUGGUGCCUCAAAAAUAUGUAAACCCUUUAAAGAUACCGGAUUUUGU